GAUGCUGAGGAGCAAUUCUAUCAGCUGUAUAAACAAUGACACCUUUGCUGGACUGAGCUCAGUGAGGCUUCUUUCUCUGUAUGACAAUCACAUCAGCACUAUCACCCCUGGAGCCUUCAGCACAUUAGUCUCUUUGUCUACAAUUAAUUUGCUGGCUAACUCCUUUAAUUGUAACUGCCAUUUGGCCUGGCUGGGAAAAUGGUUGAGGAAGAAGAGAAUUGUGAGUGGAAAUCCACGCUGCUUGAAACCCUUUUUCUUAAAGGAUAUUCCAAUCCAAGAUGUAGAUGUCCAGGACUUCACCUGCGAUGGUAACGAUGAAAGCAGCUGCUUGCUUUCACCUCCUUGUCCUUCCCAGUGUACCUGUGUGGACUCAGUGGUACGUUGCAGCAACAAAGGGCUGCGGAUAUUGCCCAAAGGAAUUCCCAAAGAUGUGACUGAGCUAUACCUGGAAGGAAACCAUCUGACUUCUGUGCCAAAGGGGCUCUCCACCUUCAGACACCUGACACUGAUUGAUUUGAGCAACAACAGCAUAAGCGUAUUGGCCAAUUACACCUUCAGCAACAUGACUCAGUUAUCAACGCUCAUCUUGAGUUACAAUAGACUUCGGUGCAUUCCAGUCCACGCGUUCAACGGGCUCAGGUCUCUUCGGGUGCUGACACUCCAUGGAAAUGAUAUUUCCAGUGUUCCCGAAGGUUCUUUCAAUGACCUGGUAUCACUGUCCCAUCUGGCUCUAGGUACCAACCCUUUGCACUGCGAUUGCAACCUCCGCUGGCUUUCCGAGUGGGUGAAGGCAGGGUACAAAGAGCCAGGGAUAGCCCGCUGCAGUGGGCCUGACGCCAUGGUGGACAGGCUGCUGCUCACAACACCGACCCACCACUUCCAGUGCAAAGAGCCAGUAGAUAUCAGUGUUGUGUCCAAGUGUAACCCCUGCCUCUCCAAUCCGUGUAAGAACAAUGGGACAUGCAACAAUGAUCCAGUGGAGUUUUAUCAAUGCACUUGCCCUUUUGGCUUCAAG